CCAGCUUUUGGGAGUGUUGACAAGGAAGCUUGCACAUUCCCAACUGCGUUUUGUUGGGGAAAACCAGUCGCCCCAACCUUUUAAUCCCUUGCAUUCAUGGGGAAAGCUGGGGAAGGGUGAGAGCGGCUGCCAGGUAGGAAUACAGCACGGCCUGUCUAAGCAGAGCCCGUGUCUUAUCUCGGCCUUCCGCCCACCUCUCGGUAGCGCCUGCCUACCUGCCCGUCCAGUGCGCUUCCCCUCUCCCUCUGGCAUGCUCUUUUCGUUCUCCACCCUCCUCUGCUCUCCUUGCAGACGCACUCGCAACCGUGGGAGCACUCAGAUGCCAAAGGUCGGGAUAUAAUCAAGCAGUCUCCCUCUCUGCAGCUCAGGCGCGAUUAUUCCGCUUAGCCCUGCGUCCCCUGUUCCCCCCGCUCCCCGUGUAGAAGGCGGCGUCCGUGGGUUACCUUUGACUCUGGGGUUGUUGCACCUGUGCUGGGAAGAGCAGAGCCACCGAAAUCCGAGGGACUCGGGACGACCUCCGUCUCACUGAAUCAUUUUGGAUGCUGCAGACUCUACAUGACUACUUCUGGUGGGACCGCCUCUGGUUGCCAGCCAACCUCACCUGGGCUGACCUCAAAGACCAGGAUGGCCGGGCCAGCACCAAGGCCUCCGACCUGUACAUCACCAUCCCUCUCGCCUUCCUCUUCCUGGUCAUCAGACACCUCUUCGAAAUCUACGUGGCCACUCCGCUAGCCGGACUUUUGAACGUCAAAGAGAAAGUGCGGUUAAAAGCCACACCGAAUCCCGUGCUAGAAAAAUUUUACACUUCUUCCUGCAAGCACCCCAAACAGGCCGACGUGGAGGCCCUUGCGAAGAAGAGCGGCUACACCACGCGGCAGGUGGAGCGCUGGUUCCGGCGCCGGCGCAACCAGGACCGGCCGAGCUUGCUGAAGAAGUUCCGGGAGUCCAGUUGGAGAUUCACCUUUUACCUUCUUGCUUUCAUUGCUGGCAUGGCCGUCAUAACAGACAAACCUUGGUUUUAUAAUCUCCGGGAAGUCUGGGAAGGGUAUCCAGUUCAAGACUUGCUGCCGUCUCAGUACUGGUAUUACAUGAUCGAGCUGUCGUUUUACCUGUCUCUGCUGUUCAGUGUUGCCUCGGACGUAAAGCGCAAGGACUUCAGAGAGCAGAUCAUCCACCACGUGGCCACCAUCAUCUUGAUAAGCUUCUCCUGGUUCACCAACUACAUCCGUGCGGGGACGCUGAUCAUGGCCUUGCACGACUCUUCUGACUACUUGCUGGAGUCUGCAAAGAUGUUUAAUUACGCUGGCUGGAAGAACACCUGCAAUGGCAUCUUCAUAAUCUUCGCAGUGGUCUUUAUAAUAACCCGGCUUAUCAUCCUUCCCUUCUGGAUGCUGCACUGUACGAUGGUCUACCCAUUAGCUUUUUAUCCACCAUUUUUUGGCUACUACUUCUUCAACUUCAUGAUGGUUAUCCUCCAGAGUCUGCACAUAUUUUGGGCAUAUCUCAUUAUACGCAUGGCCCAGAAAUUCAUAACUGGAAAGGUGGUGGAGGACGAGCGCAGUGACCGAGACGAGACCGACGAGACCGAAGAGGAAGAGCCGAAGACCGGCGCAGGUGCUGGCGCCAUGGCAGACACAAAGAACGGCCCUCUCACCAACGGGCAUCCCAUCUUGAACAAUAACCAUCGGAAAGCCGAAUGAGUCUUCUUUUUCUCUACCUGCCCCUCUUCGGUUUCCGCUCGCCUGUUGUCUGUUGAGAGAUACACAAGCCAAGAUUUUCUUUUUGAGGCCAAACCAAAAAAUUUCUCCAAGGAGAACUUCAGAAUUCCAUCACUAGUGCAGGAGGUCCUCUCUUUUCCUGAUCGUUUGACCUCUUCCUACAAAAUUGGCUGAAUUGUUGGUUCCACGCCAAGACAGACUCUGAAAUUCCCGCCAUCUUCCUUUUUUCUUUAGAGAAUUAGUGAUGCGUAUGGCUCACCCUUAGAAAUCCUCUUCUGACAGGAGUUGCAAUAGCAGAAAAUGGGCAAGCUGUUUUUCUUCUCCCCUGCCCCUUUAUAGGAAGAGCUGGGGGAGUCAACGGCCUUGUUCUUUUGCCCCCCCCAUCACCAAACUGCCUUAAAACGACGUUGGGAAGACAAACUGAAAAGCGGGGGUUCUUUCCUUCCCGAAUUCCAAAAUAUAAAUUUGUCAACCUCCAAGAAGCUGCAGGAAGGAAGAUAGCGGUGACUUAUCCCAUGCCAUGUGCUCUCUUUACAUUAAAAAAAAAAAAAACUAUGCCAGGUAUGACAUAAAUUCACCAACUAAAUACGCAUUUUCAAGUUGCCAGUCCUCAUUGAGGCUUUCUCCUUCCUGUGACAAAAGCCUUUGAAUUCAGUGGACUGGAAAGCUGGGUUUCUUCUGUUCUCAAGCUCCCUCCGUCCCAGGUUCUCUCCAAUCUGCAAAGCUCUUCUGUCGAGAAAGCCGCACCCAGGUCUUUCACAGGGCCAGCUCCUCUGGAGAGGCCACGGGGACCUCUGGAAGAAGCGAGCGCUUUGCCUUUGAGAUGGUCUGGAGAGGGAGAGAAGGGCGGGAGGCACACGCCACCCGCCCGUCCCGGAAGUCUGCACUGGCUCUGGCUUCCGGUGUUCUCCUGUCCCUUCAUGCUGCAAAACUUGGGGGGAAGAGAGGCGGUGUGUACCGCAUGGGAGUGGGCGACGCGCCUCGCUCGGGAUGCAGCCCUGGCCAGCCUCGCUUGGGAGGGGAGCUCUCCGGGCAGCCGUGUUCCUCCCUAUUGCUGGACUCCAGCCAGGAAUGCAGCCUGCCUCCCUUUCGGUCCUGACGCCCCUCGCGACCCCCAGCUCCAGGUCCCCCCACCGAGGGCGGGGUGAGGUCCUGCAGAAGCCAGGCUCGUCUUUCGCAAGGCUCGCCGUACUGUCAGCUGCACCGAACCCAAAUGCACGCCACCGGCCCUUCUCCCCCGCAUGCACGCAUGCUCGGGAUGCCUUCGCCCAGCCGCCUGCCUGGGUGCACCGCAUCUGUAACGCCACCCCAAUCGCCUGCGGAUUUAAUUCAAGAGUUGCGCGGCUGCGUGUGGCAGAGUGGGGAUCGUUUGGAGGGCCGCUGGGUUUCAAGGGUGGAUAUCCUAUUCAGAGCAUGUGAGUACAGCGGACCCCGUUGGGGAGGUUUUGGGGGGCACUGCUACAGCAAACGUACCGCUAGGUCAAAGACGGCAGCGGGCUGGCAUGCCACUCACGGUCCCUCGGUUGUUUCCAAGCAGCACAUGCGUCUGUGUAGAAUAUAUUCCACGCACACCACUUCACUCUCCUUCCACCUCUUUUGACCUGGAAAUUAAUGCUUUCUCACUUUUCACCUAGCUCCCCUUUUUCAUCUUUUUAAAACAAGACACCCAGAAUUCUUGUGUACUCGACCCGCUUCUUCCCACCCAUUCAGAACACAGUUUUUUAAUUUAUUAGAUAGGAUUUUCCAAGUACCAAAGCAGAAGACUUCAAGCAAAGAAGGGUCCAGACAGAACAGAACCACUAGUGGAAUUGGAAAGAAUAUUGGGUGUGUGUGUACGAUGAAACGGCAAUUUAUUUCUCCAGCCUAGCCUGGACGGGUGGAGAGGGGUUUAUAAAAGGACCAUUAGCCUACCUUCAGACCAAAAUGUGUACGGUUUUUUUGUAAAAUAAAGAUUAAAACCUAAAUAAAACUAAUAAACAUCUGUAAAAAAACAAA